AAAGUGUAAUAAAUAAUUGAAAAAUAUAAAAAUAUAUCAACUCUAUUGUUGGUAACAUUAUUUGAUAUUUAUAUUCGACAUACAUAUAUCUAAUUGUGCAAAUGUAUUUAGAAACACACAUCUGUACCGAUCUGUACGUGAAUGUAUAUAACGUACUACAUAUACACUUUGAAGGUUGUAUGUAUGUAAUACCAUGAUGUAAUUUUUAUAAAUACAAGUACAUAUAUCAAAAAUUGUUAUCUUUAUAUCGCAUAGUUGAAUGAUAAAAAGAAGUGGCUAAAAGAAGAUGUAAUAAUAACAUCUGACUUGGAGCGAUAUGACACUUUGUGUACAUAAAAGAAAGAAAGGAGGAUAAUAAUAGAUACUUAAAAAUUUAUUUUGCAUCAGUUGUUGAGUUUUUAGUUAUUGGGAUGAUAUUGUUGCAUUGCUAAAUAAUUCUGUUUAAUUAGUAAUCAAGAUUAUACAAUGUAUAAUUAACUUGAAUUUUAAAAUUAAGAAAAAUUGUGUAAUGCGUUGAACAUAACCAAUGAAAUGGCGUUUGAACUAAUCUCAAUUAAAUUUCAUUGAGAAAUUAACAGUGAACACGUUGUGUCGUUCAAACGUAUAAACAAAUUAAGUGAAAUGAAUAUUUUGGUGUAUUUUCUAAACAUUCAUAAAGAAUGGCAGAAAAAGAGGCAAAAAUUGAAUACGUGACAGAACCAUGUCCGAUCAAACCACGUAAAAUAGGACCACAAAACGUAGUGAUACGUCUAAAGCGGCGAGAAAUAUUUGGUUGUCCUUAUCCAGGAACCCAUGUUCACAAUGCUAGACAGUUUUAUCAAAAUGUAUUUCCAAAUUUCACUGUCAUGAAUGUAGAAAAACCUCCAUGUUUUCUCCGAAAAUUUAGUCCUGAUGGUCGUUACUUAAUUGCCUUUAGUGCUGAUCAAACUUCCAUAGAAGUUUAUGAAUAUCGAGGUGCAUCUGCAGCUGCUGAUUUGUUAGCAAACUGUGAAGGGGAAUAUAUUGGUCAUAAAAAUGAUGAAUAUAGCUUUCAAAUUAGAAGCAACAUUUUCAGUCGUUUUUUCAAGGCUAAGUGGAUCGUAAAUGUUGUUCAAAGUAAUGAACAAUUAAAUAGAGAAUGUAGUCUAUUUACUGAUGAUGGCAGAUAUGUAAUUGUUGGUUCAGCUGCCCACAUUCCAGAUGAAUUGAGGCCACAUUUUUAUCAAAUUUACACCAACAAUGAAGCAUUGACUCCAAAUCCUAGAUCACCGCUAGAAGAUUAUAGUUUACAUCUUGUUGACUUACGUGGAGGAAAAUUAUGUGAUACUAGGCAUUUUAAAGUAGACAAAAUAUAUUUAUCUCACAAUCAAGGCCUUUAUUUGUAUAAAGAUAUAUUGGCAGUAUUAUCUGUACAACACCAAACUAUUCAUAUAUUUCAAAUUCUUGAUGGAAUGUUUAUCAAUGUUAGGACAAUAGGAAGGUUUUGUUUAGAAGAUGACGCGUAUUUAGUUACAAGUGCUUGUCCAGGAGUAAAUUGCCGCCCAUUUAGGGACGUUACGAUAAAUAGUCUUAAGCACAAAUUAUUAGUAUAUUUGUAUAAAAGGGCAGCCUACAUCAGCGAGACAACAAAGGAUCCGUAUGAACUAAGACGUUUUUAUCAAUAUUUUGACCAACUGAAUGCAUUGCGAAUGUGGAAGAUGCAACUAUUAGAUACAAAUCAUAUACUUGUAAGAUUUGCGAGCGAAGAAGUGGCAACCCUUCAAGCAAAUGAACCUAAUGCCCAACCAGCGCUUUUAGUAGUUUAUGAUAUGGUUUCUGCUAAAAUAUUAGCCGCGUACGAUAACGCGUCCACACAAUUAUUAACACAGUUUGAGAAUUUUAGUGAUUUCUUUCGAAAUGCUAGAAUGAGUACUGACUGUCAGUAUAUGUGUUCGCCGUCUAAUAACAUAUACGCAAGAUUGUUACAACAAAGAUUCAAACAGACAAUAGUAAGUGCUAGAUAUGGAGGAGUUACAGAGGCUACCAAAAGAUUACUUGCUCAAUUGCCAAUAUGCGCGCAGUCCUACUCUAGUUCUCCAUAUCUAGACCUAUCUCUAUUUUGUUACGACGACAAAUGGGUAUCGAUGAUGGAGCGCCCCAAAGCAUGUGGUGAACAUCCCAUACGAUUUUACGCCCGAGAUUCUGGUCUUUUAAAGUUUCGAAUGUACGCGGGGAUGUUGGGUCGUACAACACCUACGGCCGCGAGGCGACUGGUCGCAUUUACUUUUCAUCCAACGGAUCCGUUUGCUAUUUCAGUUCAGCGAACGAACGCAGAAUACAUCGUCAGUUUCCACGUUAGACAUGUUUAAACUUUUAUCGAGGUGUCUUAACAGUUGCAUUAUUUUUAUACUUUCCUUUUCAAUAAAAUCGAUCUCAUUGUCAGUAUGCAAUUUUAAUAACGAUACUUGAUUUUUUCGAAAAAUUUUUAAGGAGAUUUAUCUAUUACUACUGUUCGUCGAUAUCUCUACAAGUUUUAAUUUAAAAUUGUUAAAUGUUAGAAUUAUUAAUUAAAUGUUAGAAAUAAAGAGUGUGAGAGAUUA